AUGUCCAAUGUACUGCCAAUCUCUAUAGCUGAAUUUGGUCGAGCCCUCACCGCGUGUCGACCUCCGAACGGAUGGGGCAAGGCGCUUACCGUUGCCGUUUCUGGAGGCGCUGAUUCCAUCGGAUUGCUAUGGCUGCUCCGGUCGUUAUAUAACGAAGCGGGCAUUACCGAACCUCGAAUAAACGGCAUCACAAUUGACCAUGGUUUUCGACCCGAGACGGCAAAAGAGGCGGAGGCUGUUGGCGCCUUUUGCCGGGAUAUUGGUGUUGAGCACCAGAUUAUCAAAGUUCCGUGGGGCACCAAUUCCUAUCCGAACCACCCGGAGCCGGCACAAUAUGAAAGCUCUGGUCGCUGGGCACGCUAUUGGAUAUUAUUCCAUGCUAUGCAAGAAAGCGGCUCGCAUGCGUUAUUGACCGGACAUCAAGCGAACGAUCAGCUUGAAACUGCCAUCAUGCGAGCUGAGCGAGAGAGCGGAGUACUGGGUAUGCUGGGUAUGCGGCCGAUUCGACGAUACGGAAUGGGAGGACCGGCCCCAUGGCUGAACUUUGGGGAGAAAGGCCUUCAUGCCUUCAUGUGCCGACCAAUUCUAACAUUUUCCAAGGAACGUUUAAAGGCUACCUGCCAAGCCUCGAAUAUCCCUUGGACCGAAGAUCCAUCGAAUCUCGACACAAACCUAACGGUAAGAAACAGAAUACGCGCCACGCUUGAUCAGAUUCAAAGUGAAGGAGACGUAUCCCCUUGGCGUGAACGCCUGAAACGCUUCGAUAUCAAAGAACAAUCGAUCGCAAAAUUGGCCAAUAUUCUCGACGGUGUACCCCCUACAGCUACCGUCGACGAGAUUUCACAACAUAUGGUCUCUGAGUACGAGAAAUUCGAUACCGCAGUGAAUGCUUUUCUCUCAUCAAUCACGACCGUAGAGGCGGGAGCACCGAUGUUAGUCAUCGACACCAACAAAACUCCCCCAUCUCAGGAUAUCGCAUAUGGUGCCGUUCUUCGCAUACUGCGCUAUGUCUCUCCGAAAUGGUGGGGCCAUCCCUCGGCCGAAGCUCUACGGAGGAAAGAUAGUAUCCAACGAAUCGUCGAGAAUUUGUGGUACAGGGAGCCAUCACCAGUGGACGGUAAGUAUCGCGCUGUUCCAUUCGUAGCGGGGUCGCAUGUCUUGUGGACACCGAGUGAGCAGCAAGCCCAGACUCCUUACGUUUCUUGGAUGGCGACGCGCGCACCUCCGAAACGGGAUGAUGCACCGGCCAUGUUUCUCGAUUUGUCGACAGCAGUACUGGAGGCGGCAGAAUCACGCAAGAGCCCAGAACCGAUCCUAUGGGAUAACCGAUAUACCGUCUGCGUUCCAACAGCUUUCCCUCGCCAUGUUCUCGAUGGAGUUCGAGAGAACCAAGGCCGCGUAAUUCUUGGACCGCAUUCCAAGUUCUUCUUGCCCAUGAUAAACUAUGAGUCUGACGAGAAAAACUCCGUGCUGGCAGCGCUGGGCACAGACGGACACAUUCACUCAUACCUCAGGCCAGGUGGUUGGCGUUUCGAGUGGAUACGACCAUUCAGCGGUCACUAGAUGAAGAGUGGAAGAAGAGGGGGAGAUGUCGUUGUGUAUUUUGCAGUGCUACACUAGUAAUUCUAGGAUAAUGGAAUCUCAUUUCG